UGAAAAAACUUGAUAAAGUCUAUGGUACAAUUUAAAAAAAUAUAAACAGAUUUUCCUGCCUUAAUUUAUUCAAACAAUGCAUUCUAUUCCAAAAACUGAUCAGAGUCUCCCACAUUCGUGAACUCAUUUAUGUAGAAUGUACGUUUCCUGAUCUCAUACUAUCCAGAAAACGAAUGUAAACCUUCAAAAUGGUAGUGGAUUUCGAUAUAUUGGAACACUGCCGCAAGGUGAGAGCAGAUCAUGGUCCCCCUUAUACCUGUCCAGUGGAGAAAUGUGGCAGAAAUUACAAGUCCGUGUGUGGACUCUCGUAUCACUUGAGGAGCUUCGACCAUGAUAAUCCAACUCCUCUACCACCGGUUACUCCAAGUACACCAAAGAAUAAGAAAGGGGCUAGAGCAAGGGGUACUCCUGCGAAUGUUAAAGCUACACCGGUACCCGAACCUUUAACUUAUGAGGAAGCUCAGAAGAUGGUCGAGUUCAAUAUUGAUGGUAAAAUAGUGAGGUGGAACAUCAAUGAUUCUUUGGAGGUCAGAUCGAAGGAGGAUUCUGAAAAGGAUAAUCCUCCUUCUGAAGCAGCAGUUGCUAUUCCAUCAGAGAUUGUUAAGCUACCUGAAGCUAGUUACAAGGAAUUGGAUAAUUAUAACAUAUGUGAUGCCCCAGCAAGACCGAAUGCUUAUAUUAGAUUCAUAGAAAAGAGUACAGAAGAAUUGGAUGGUGAAGUGGAAUAUGAUGUCGAUGAGGAGGAUACUGCCUGGAUGUCUUUAAUGAAUGAAAAACGGGAAGCACAAGGCCUCAGUCCUGUUUCUGUAGAUUCCCUAGAAUUACUCAUGGAUAGACUUGAGAAAGAAUCAUAUUUCCAAGCUUCUGUUAAUGGACACACUGGAGCUAUAGUCGAUGACGAUGCGGUAUGUUGCAUAUGCAUGGAUGGCGAAUGCCAAAAUACCAACGUUAUCCUUUUUUGCGAUAUGUGUAAUUUGGCGGUCCACCAGGAUUGUUACGGUGUUCCAUACAUCCCAGAAGGGCAAUGGCUUUGUCGCAGGUGUUUACAAUCCCCAAGCAGAGCGGUCGAUUGCGUCUUGUGUCCGAAUCAGGGGGGAGCUUUCAAACAGACAGACAGGAGCCAGUGGGCUCACGUUGUAUGUGCCUUGUGGAUACCAGAAGUUCGAUUCGCCAAUACGGUAUUCUUAGAACCGAUCGACUCGAUCGAGACAAUACCUGCUGCUAGGUGGCGAUUGACGUGUUACGUCUGCAAGCAGAAGGGAGUGGGCGCUUGUAUUCAGUGUCACAAAGCGAAUUGCUAUUCGGCCUUCCACGUGACUUGCGCCCAACAAGCCGGACUUUACAUGAAAAUGGACACGGUUAAAGAUGGGAGUGAAACUCAGCCGGUUUUGGUGCAGAAGAUCGCCUAUUGUGACACCCAUGCCCCUCCUGACCAUUGUGAAUCGCAGAAAGAAGACUCCAGACAGAAGAUGAAGCAGGCUAGGAAGAUGCUGGCCAAAAAGAGAACCUCUGCACCCAUUAUUCUCAUACCUACCAUACCCCCGGAUCGCAUACAAGAAAUUGCCUCGUUGGUUAACAUCACCAAGAAGUCGCAGUUCAUCCAACGUCUUAUAGCUUACUGGACGUUGAAGAGGCAGUACAGGAAUGGGGUGCCGUUGCUGAGGAGGCUACAAAGCGCUCAAGGAGGUUCUAGGGAUUCUUUCUCGAGUAACGUGGACACCCUGGAGCUCUGCCGUCAGCUGAAGUAUUGGCAGUGCCUGAGACAAGACCUGGAAAGGGCCAGGCUCCUCUGCGAACUGGUGCGGAAGAGGGAGAAGACUAAACUGUUGUACACGAAGUACGUGGAGAAAUGCUACAAGAUCCAAUUGAAACCCUUCCAAGCCAGUUUGGAGAACGUCCUCAACCUAAUAGCGGCCAAGGAUACCAACGAAAUAUUCAGCGAACCAGUCGAUUUGGAAGAGGUACCCGAUUACAUGACUGUGGUGUCCGAACCGAUGGAUUUGAGCACGAUGAAGGCCAAGUUGGACAGGGAAGAGUAUCCCGACUUGAAGUCGAUGGAGAAGGAUUUCGACCUCAUGAUAGCCAACUGUUUGGCUUAUAACAACCGGGAUACAGUUUUUUAUCGGGCUGCGAUAAAAAUGAGGGACCAAUGCGCUGCCAUCUUCCGGCAAGCCAGGAAAGAAUUGGAAGCCGCUGGUCUGUUGAACGAGAACAAAGAUCAAGGCUCCUCCAACGAGGAGUCUCUAGCAUCCGAUAUCGAUAAGGAACUUGAGAAUUUACAAGGUAAGACGGGCCACGAUGUCAUAGCAAAAUUGGAAGACCUGCUGGCGAAGAGUCAGGCGCUCAAACACGGCUUAGCCAGGGCCAAGAGGGUGAAACUGGUCAGGAGCGAACUGAACAAAGCCAAAAAAAAUCUACCAAACACCGAUAGUUCCCAGUCGGAUCAAGAAGCAGAGUUGCCCGAUGCUAAACUUCCCAACAACAGUACAAGUAUAUCACCUUCGGGAGGGGUUAAUAGAAGGACUGCCGUGUUGUUAACGAAGAAAUCGCAAGCUGUUUCAAAGAAACCCGUCGAAGAACAACCGGAAACCUCCAAGAAGAAAAAAGGUCGACAGAAGAAACCCACAACAGAGCCUCCUAUGGAGAACGUAGAGGGUAAACUGAGCUCCGUACCGGACAGUUUUCGUGUGUACAGAGCCGGAGGUCAAACUUCAGGCGAUGAAAACAGCGACAGCGGGUCCAGUCUGUCUACUUGCUACUCCCACGAUCCUUCAGAGAUCGACUCCGACGAAGAUAGUGAAAGUUCAGAUAGUACCGUUGAUGGGGUGGAUGGAAUAGGCGAGAAGGUCCUUGAACCCUUCCAGUUGGUUUGGGCUAAAUGUAGGGGUUAUCCGUGGUAUCCUGCUCUGAUCAUCGAUCCUGGUAUGCCGACUGGUUAUGUGCAUAUGGGGGUUCCCAUGCCGACUCCGCCUCCGGAAGUGCUGUCUCUGAGGUCCAACUACGAGGAACAUGUUUAUUUGGUAUUGUUUUUCGAUGCGAAAAGGACAUGGCAGUGGUUGCCUGCAGAGAAGUUGGAAAUUCUUGGUAUAAAUCUUGAAAGGGAUGAGGCUAAGGUAACUGAAUCAAGGAAGCCAACAGAUCGAAAAGCGGUGAAGAAAGCCUAUGAAAACGCUCAAAAUUACAUUGCACAAAUAGCGGAAUAUGAAAAGAAUGAAUCAACCAAUUGAAUACGUUUUGGUGACUGAAUAAAAUACAAUUUAUAAGGAGAUUUUAAUGAAAGCUUUCCUUCUCAUAAAAACACUUGAAGUACUCACUCUUAAAAGUAACAUAUAUAGUGUACAAGCUUAAAAUUAUACAGUAUAAAUAAUUCUUUUUGUGGAAAACAUCGUUAAAAAUAAUCACAACUAGAUUCACUCUUGUUCUCUUUCCUUUUGUAUUCCCAUGUUCACCAGAAUAAGCUGUAAAUAAAUAAUGUUAGAGGAUG